AUGAUUUAUUGGUUCUUAGUUGUCUAAACAGUUUUAGGAUGGAAAGAUUAUGAAUAAGAUUUUAGAACUGUAUUUCCAUCUGGUGAUGAUUUAUGUCCUGAAUUUCAUGUACAUAUGCCUGGUUUACAUCCACAUUAAUGUGUUUGUAAGUAAUAUUAUUAUUAUUAGCUUAUUCUCAAAUUUGUAUGGGAGUAACAGAAGUUGAAGCUAAAUAAUUUAAUAAUUUUUAGCAUUUAUGUCAUCCUAGGUUCUAAACAGAAUAAAUGAAGUAUGAUAAUAUUACAGUAAUUUGCACUUAUCCAUAUUCUUUGAUAAUAAAACUAUAAUUUGAAGAUGGAUUAAUGUCUUAUAAAUGUGAGAAAUUAAAGGAUAUUGAAUUAUGCAUGGUAUAUAUAGCAGUGCCUAGAUCUUAUACAGAUAAUUAGGGAUAUGAUUUUUAAUGCGAAUUUUGCAAACAUCCUUAUCAUAAAAGAGAUUGUAUGGAAAGCAAAUUAGGAUUUGAUUAUGAAAAAAGUAAAAGUAGUCCUAAAUGUAUAAAAAAUAUUUUUUAAAAUAGAAUGUGCUGCCCAGGUAUGUGAAUCAUGUGCAGGUUUAGAUUGUGAUUCAUGUACUGUUGGAUAUAUUGAACCAAAACAAUCCUGCUCACUUCGUAAGAUAUAUAAAUUGAUCAUUUUUCUUAGCUUGCCCAACAUAUUCUAAAGUAUGUUAUUUGGAUAGUACUAGUGGUUAAAUUAAAUCAAAAGAUACUUGUGCUAAAUAUUUUGGAAAAUUGGGUACUAAUUGCGAAAGUAUUUAUUUUGAUUAUAAACCUUUAUAGGAUGUGGUAAUGACAUAGAAUGUUUAUCAUGUGAUUUUGUGAAAUCUCCAGGAAAUUAUCAAUAUAUAUCUUGUCAUUAGUGUGCAUCAGGCUAUUAAAGAAUAUUAAAAUAUUCUGGUGAUGUAUAAGUAUAUGUAUGCGUGAAUAAUAUGAAUUGUUUAUAUGAAUAUUAGUAUAUAGUAUCAGGAUCGCAGGAAAAAACCUGGGAUGAAUUAUAUGAAUUUAAAACACCAGAAGUAAUACUAUAUAUAAAACAUUUAGUAUAAAUGUAAUAAAUGCGAAUUUGGAUAUUAACCAGCUGAAUAUAUUCCAAAUGUAAGUGUAAAAGGAUAUUGCACUAAAUUUAAUAGUGAUUGCUUCUAAAUAAACAUAAAAGAUGAAAAUAUAUGUAUAGCUUGUUUACCAUGGCAUCCAUUAUUACCUGAUGGUACUUGCUCACCUACAACUAUAACUUGUAGUUCAAAUUGUCAAACAUGUUUAGAUACUAAUCCUUUAUUUUGUACUACUUGUGAUGGAUAUAAAUUUCUAACACUUGAUGUUAUUAAUGGUACUUGCUCAUGUUAACCACCUAAUGGUUAAUAUCUUGAUGUCUGUAAACCAUGUUAAGAUGGAUAUUGUUAUGAAUGUGAAAUACAUGAUUUUUAUUAAUGUAUCACAUGUAAACCAGAAUCUAAUAGAAUUAUUGUAGAUAAACAAUGUAUGUGUUCACCUGGAACAUAUGAUCCUGAAAAUGAAGAUUAAAUUUGUAUUUGUAUUUUUGCUUAUUCAUAUUUUAAGUUUGUGAUAAAUCCUGCCUAAAUUGUUCAUCAAAUUCAGAAUGUACUGAAUGCUUAGAUGAAAGUAUAUCUUUCAGAAUUCUAAUUGAUAAUACUUGUCCUUGUAAAAUUGGAUAUGCUGAAUAUGAAAUUAAGGAUAAUAAAUGUGGAUGUAUUAACUUAUUUAAUUUAUUUAGAAUGUCAUUCAAGAUGUUAAACCUGUUUCUAACCUGCUGAUGAAACUACAAAUUAAUAUUGUUUAACAUGUAUUCCUGGAGAAAAUCGAAUUGUAUCAGAAGAUUUUAAAUGUGAAUGCAUAGAUAAUUAUGGUGAUAAUAAUGGUACUGAAAAUAUUUGUUUCAGUAAAUUUCAUAUAUUAUCAUAGCUUGUGAUUAUACUUGUGGAAGUUGUUAAAAUUCUUAACCUACAGGUUGUGUAAGUUGUUUAGAAACAUCAAAUAGAUACUUAACUAUUUUAGGUUAAUGUUUAUGUUAAUUAUAAUAUUAUGAUGAUUUAACUAAUAACAUUGAAUGUUCAAGUACUUAUACAUUUAUUAUAUAAUUAAUAGGAUGUUAUUACACUUGUUAAAAUUGUGCCAACAGUCCUGAAAAAGAUGCUUGUAUAGAAUGUCCUCAAACUAGAAUAUCUAGUAAUCCAUCUGCUGGUAAUUAUGAGUGUAUUUGUGAAUUUUCUAACUAUUUUGAUGAUGGAUUUUCAUUAACAUGUCUACCCUGUGAUUUCACUUGUUUAACUUGUAAUGGGCCACUUUCAUCUAAUUGUUUAACUUGCGAUAAAAAAUAUAGAUAUCUUGAUUUUACAUCAUGUCUCUGUCCAGAUAAAUAUUAUGAUGUAGGAGAAUUAUAAUGUGGAAGUAUAUUUAUUAAAAAUAUCAAUAGGUUGUCAUUAUUCUUGUCAAAAAUGUUUCGAUGAUACUGAUAAUGGUUGUAUCGUUUGUUCUUUAGAUCUUCAUUUUAGAGUAUUAAAAGGUAAUUUUUGUAAAUGUAUUGAUGGAUAUUAUGAAGUACCAGGUCUAGCAUAAUGUAAAAGUAAUAUUAUAAAUUAUUAAUUAAUAGAAUGCUCAUUUAAAUGUGAAACAUGUGAGACUACGGAGGAUAAAUGUUUAACCUGUCCAUUAAACUCUUUGAGAAUUCUAGAUCCAAUUAAGGGUUGUUAGUGUUUUGGAGAAUUAUAUGAUAAAGAAAACGAGAUAGCAUGUUAAAGUAUUUAAUUUAUUAAUAUUAAAGAAUGUCACUUAAAAUGCAAAACCUGUACAGCUUAUGGAGAAAAUCAAUGUCUUUCCUGUGAUUCUAUUGCAAAUAGAGAACUAAAAGUGGAUUAAUGCAAAUGUCAACCUCAUUAUUUUGAGAUGGGAGUUUAGGAAUGCGCUAGUAGUUAUUAGAUUUAAGCUUAUAGUUUGCAGUGCUUUCUGUUAUGAAUGUAUAAACUAAUUUGAUAAUUGUACUUCUUGCUAUGAUGACAGAUAUUUAGAGGGAAAUACUUGUAUAUGCACCAGUAAAAUUUUAGGUGGUGCUAUAAGUACAUUUGACUUUAAUGGUUAAGUUAAAUGUUAAAGUAUUAAAUUCUUUAAUUAUUAGAAUGCCAUUAUUCUUGCGGAUCUUGUCAAGGUAUUGAAUAGACAGAUUGCCUAACUUGUAUGGAAAAUGAAAAUAGAUAUUAAGUAGAUAAUACUUGUGUUUGUAAAAAUGAAUAUUUCGAUACAGGAUUGCCUUAAUGUGAAAGUAUCAAUGAAUUUUAUUUACAGCAUGUAGUUAUAAAUGUCAAGAAUGUAAGUAAUAGCCUGAUAGCUGCACUUCAUGCAAAGAUAAUACCUUUAGAAUAUUAGUUUCAAGUUUCUUUAAAUGCUAAUGUAUUUAAGGAUAUUAUGAUGACGGAUAUAAUGAAAAUUGUCAGUGUAUCUAUUAUUACUAAAAUAAUCAAUAGAAUGCCAUUAUUCAUGUCUUAAAUGCAAUGAGAUUCCAACCAAAUGUGAAUUUUGCUCUAUUGAAUCAAAUAGAAGUUUUAAUGAGCAAUUUUUUACUUGUGGCUGUAACAUAGGAUAUUAUGAUUCUGGAAUUGAAAUUUGCUAGAAAUGCCACUAUUCAUGUUUAAAUUGCAGUUAAGGAGAUUCUAAUUUCUGUAUUACAUGCAUAGAUUCAAAAAUUUCUAAUCGAGUGUUCCACAAUAAUACUUGUAAGUGUUUUUUAGGAUAUUUUGAUAAUGGUUAAUCAGUCGAGUGUAUAAAAUGUGAUAUUUAAUGUCUAAGUUGUAUAGAAUAAUCUUACUAGUGCUUGUCAUGUCCUUAAACUAGAAACAUAUAAAGUAAUUGCAAAUGUACUUCUUGUUAAGGAGAUUAAUUUAGAGAGCUUAACUUAAUUACUAAAACAUGCGAUUGCUAAAUUGGAUAUAUCGAAAUAGAUGGAGUUUGUUAAUAAUGCUAAGAGAGUUGUUAAGCAUGCUCUUAAUCUGUUGAUAACUGUACUUCUUGUGGUUAAUUACGAUUAAUGAAAAACAAUACUUGUGUUUGUACCAAUGGAAUGUUUGAAUCUAUUGUAGAUAAAUCAUGUUAGUUUUGUGAUAAAACCUGUUUAACUUGUAGUUAAUCUAACACUCAUUGUUUAACAUGUUCUAUUGAUAAUUAUAGAACAUUAUAACCUGGAAAUAUUUGUGAAUGUUUAUAAGGAUAUUUUGAAGUUCCAUCUACAAAGAAUUGUGAAUAAUGUGAAAAAUCAUGUUUAACUUGUUCUCUAUUAUCCAAUAAUUGUUUAACAUGUGACUCCAGUCUUCAUUUAUAAUUAGUACAUAAUUAAUGUUCAUGUUAGCAAUCCUACUACUUUAAUUCUCUAAACAAAUAAUGUGAAUGUAAUUAUUUAUUUAUUUCUAGAAUGCCAUAUUACUUGUCUAGAAUGUUUAAAUAAUUAAUCAUGCACUUAAUGUAGAUAGAUAACCAGACACUUAGAUUAAGAUUAAAUGAAAUGUUUAUGCAAUGAUGGAUUUUAUGAGACAAACUUAUAGAAUUGCCAAUGUAUUCAAUUAUUUGAUAAUUUCUAGUGUGCCAUUAUUCAUGUGUGACUUGCGAAAAUAUUUAUACUCAUUGUUUAAGUUGUUUAGAUGUAAAUAAAAGAAUAUUAAUAAAUAAUAAAUGCUUUUGUUUAGACGGCUAUUACGAUGCAGGAACAGAAUUAUGUUAGAAAUGUGUCGAUGUUUGUAAAACCUGUUAAUCCUCUGCCUCAAUUUGUUUAUCUUGCUUUGACAUUGAAUAAUUUAGAAUAUUAUAAGGAGAUUAUUGUUUGUGCUAACCUGGCUAUUAUGAUUAAAAUACUAAUAUUUGUUUUAGUAACUAAAUUAAAUUAAUUUAGAAUGCUCAAAUGAAUGUUUAACUUGUAAUGGAUCAUUCGAUUAUUGUACAAGUUGUGAUACAAAUUCAAAAAGAGUAGAUUAAUCAAUAAUUCAUAAAUGUCCUUGUAUUAUUGGAUUUUAUUCAAAUCAAGAUUCUAUUUGUUAAAGUAAUUUUAAGAUAUUAUUUGUUAGAAUGCCAUAUAAAAUGUUAAACCUGUAUUAAUUAAUUUGAUUAGUGUUUAAGCUGUAAAUUUGAACCAAAUACAAAUCGAAUGUCCCUAUCUGGAUAAUGUGAUUGUAAAGAAGGAUAUUUUGAUGAUGGAACUCAAUUGUAGUGCUAAAGAUGUCAUAUCAAAUGUAAACUUUGUUUAUAUACAAUGGAUAAUUGUUUAACUUGUGCAAAUUUGAUAAGAAUCGAUCAACCAACCUGUAAUUGCAUGGAUGGAUUUUAUGAAGAUGAAUAACUUGCUUGUUAAAGUAAAUUAAAUUACUUAAAUAAGUGUGUGCUCCAUAAUGUGAUACAUGUUAGUAUUCACCCUCCACCUGUUUAAGUUGUAAACCAGGAAGAAUUGGAAACGAUUGUGAAUGUAUUGAUGGAUAUUUAGAAAUGGGAUCAACGCUUUGUGAAUGUAUUUCAAUUAUUAAAUUAUAUAGAAUGUGCAUUUAAAUGUGCAACUUGUACUUAAGAUUCUAAAAAUUGUAAAGCUUGUAAAGGUAAUAGAAUCUAAAUACCUUAAUGUAUUUGUCAAUCUGGUUUUUUUGAUGAUUCAAUCAAUGAAGAUUGUUAAUAAUGCGAUAGUAAAUGUUUAGAAUGCAACAUCAAUGGAUGUUUGUCUUGUUUUGCCAAUAGAAUAUUAAAUGAAGAAAUGGAUUGUGUACCUCCGCCAAAUUCAAUUUGGUAUAAUAACACUCCUUGGUGUUCAAGUAAACUAUUUCAAUAUUAUAAAUAGCUUGCCAAGUUUCAGUUGUUAAAAUAUAUUUAUCAAACGAUAUAAGUAAGAUUAUUAUUCAUUUUGAUUUCCCUUUGAAUUCAAAAGGAUUUAAGUCAUAAUUUCAACUUAAUAAAUGCUUAUAAUUGUUUGAAAAACAAACUGUAUAAAGUUUUGGUUAGAAUGCUGUCUGUUACCUUAAUCCUACCAAUCAUCAAGAAAUUAUAAUUUAAUUAGGCCAAAGUCCAACAAUAAAUGUUGGUGAUGAAAUCUUAUUUAUAAGUAAUUCGGUAUCUCAUGUAAAUUGCUUAAUUUCCUUACAAAAAUUUAUAUUUACAACAUUAUAAGUGCCAAUAAGUCCCCUUCCUCCUAAGAUAGAUUAUAAUGUUCCACUUCAUAAACUAAAUCCAUAUGCAGAAAAUUCAGUAAAUAUAAAUUCAAUCAAAAAUUAUGGAUUUAAAAAACUAGAAAAUAUUGUUUGGAGUUGUUAAGUAGAGGGCAAUGAAGAUACCUAAUCUCUUAUUGAAUUUUUAGAUUAUAUUAACUUUUUAUAGGAAUAUAAUCUAUAAAUACCUAGAAAUACUUUACCACGAAAUUCAGUAUUAAAAUUUAUUGUUUAAUAUUAAAAUUUCAUUGGAAUCUCCUCCUUAAAUGAAUUUACGCUAUUAACUCAUGCGGGAGAUCUUCCUUAAAUUAAUUUAAGUGUUAAAUCUUUCUAUUUUGUUUAUGAAUAAAUUUCAAUUUCUAUUUCUGCUGGCAAUUUAGAUGAAGAUAAAACAAAGUAUUAAAUUUAAUUGUAUGAAAUUGAUAAGAAUCCAAAACAAUCAUUAUCUUCAGGAUUAAAUAUAUCAACAGAAGCUAACUCCUUUGAAAUAGUUUAUGGGAAAAUUUUAAAAUACACAUUAAGUGGAAAUACAACAUAUACAUUUGAAGUAUUUGCUAAAAAUUUAAAUUCUAAUCAAAUCUAAAUAUAGGUUUUCACAAUUGAUAUUCCUUUUGCUGGAUUAAUCUGCAAAUUUAAUAAUCGAGGAAUACAGAGUAUAAGAAAAGAUCUUAAUCUUUUAAUAGAAUGCAGAGAUUUAGAUACAAUAUAUGAAUGGAACAAAGAUCAAGAUAUGAAUAUUUAGGUUUCUUGUAAUGAUUUAUCUUUAAAUACUACUUGCAUAAAUUAAAAAAAAUAAAUUAUUAAUGUGAAUAAAACUGACUUUGUUUAAUGCAUCAAGAAGAAUUCCAUACCUGCUUAUACAGUUUAGAAAUGGACAAUUAAUGUUUAAAAAUUUAAAUAAUCUUCUGAAUUUGAGUUAAUUAUUGUUUAUCUUGAAGAGGAUUUUCCAUAAUUAGAACUUGAAUUUAAUGAAGGUUAUUUAAUGAGGACGAUUAAUAAUUAUGAAUAGCUGAAUUUCACUUUUCUCAUUCCAGUUUAUUAGAAACCUUCUUUAUUAGACCUUUCUAUUGCAAUUAUAUACAAUUACGAAAUAGUAGAAAUACUUCAACCAAAAUAUCUUUCCCAUUUCUUUAAGAUUUUCAAUAGUAUUAAAGCAUUAAAUUUUGGAGAUAAUGUCAACCUAAAAUUUGCAGCCUAAUAUACAAACAAUAUUAUUCCAAGUUUAAAUAAUAUAAAAUUAAGUAUCAAUUAGCCUCCUACAUGUUCAAAAUUGUAUAUUACAUCCUCAAGUGAUUUAGCACUUACUAAUAUUUAAAUUGCAACUACUUGCUAGCUAUCUGAUGAUUUCCCUUACAAAUAUUAACUUAGAAUAUUUUUGAGGGAAAUGGAUCUAACAGAUUUUUUGUAAGGAUCAUCUGAUUAUUCCUUGAUUCUCUAUCCAUAUUAGAAAUAAAAUUAAUUUUCUAUUCAAACGCCUAAUUCUGUUGAUUCAUCAAAAAUUGGAAUUUUAUUAGAAGUGCUUGAUAAUGGAGGAUCAAUUACUCAACUUUUUGAAUACAUUAAUCGAAAGCCUGCUUAAUUAAAUUGUUUUUAAAUAUAAUUUGAAAAUUUGAAUUUAUAAAAAAAAGUUUUAUUACUGUUUGAAGCAAUGAAUCAAAGAUGUGAAGAAGUUCAUCAUUAAAUUUAUAUUAAUUUGCUCGGUUAAUAAAUCUCUUCAAACUCAAAUGAUAAUAUCCUUAGAUUUUAGGGAAUAAAAUUAUAUAAAUAAUUUUUAAUUUAAAUAGAAUCCAAUAAGGCUUUAAAUCGAUUUUUAAAUGAGGAUAUUCGAAAGAAUUGUUAUGAUAUAAAUUCUUCUCAUUUAUUUGUUACAAAAAAUUCAAUAGGAUAGUUUAAUUAAACCAAAAAAAUUGACGAAUUGAAAGGAAAUAUAAAUAAUUUAGACAAAAUUCUUUAAUACUUUAUUAAAAUGAAAAAGUAGAAUCAAGAGGAAAUUAAUUAAAAUUAUUUGGCUUGGAAUUAAGAACUCUUUCAAUAAUAAGAAAAUUGUCAUGAAAGUUUAAUAAAUUCAUUAUACUAUCUUGAUUAAAUAUAUUUGGACAUCUCUGUGGUAAAUACAAAAAAUGAAAUAAUUUUUUAAAAUAUUGUUGAGUUAUUGAAACGUAUCAAUGUAAUAGUAGAUCAGAUAUAGAAUACAAUUUUGGUUAACUCUAAACCUUUAGCUAUAAUUGGAACCGAGAUUUUUUGGCAGAUUAAGAGAAAAACAAAAUAAUUUUUUAAUGAAUAUUUUAAUAUUGAAUCAUCUUAAGUAGACUAUUUGGUUGAUUUUAUUUAAUUUGAAUAACUAUAUCUUUAAUCAAAUCCGCUAAAAUUUACAUCAGAUUUGGAAGUAUAACUUUAAGAAUAUUUUCAAGAUCCAACUAUAGGAAUUUAUCCAGAAAAUUAUUAUUAAAUUUCGUUAAAGAAUGCAUAUCAUAACAGAUUUAUAUCGUAUGAAAAUUUUUCUUAGCUUUAUAACUUAAAUUUUGGUACAUAUAAAGUUUGUUCAAAUGAUACACAAUUGUUAUAAGAAUAUGAAAUAUAAUGUGUAAUGAGAACAAUAUCUAUGAAAUUCAAUGAUUGUAUAUUAAUUAAAGUUCAAAAGAACGACACUUUUGAAUUUAAUUGCCAAUGUAAGAAUAUAGGUGAUAUUUUCCUAAGUACAUCUACUAAUUUUAGCAGGGUUAUAUUAAACAGUACUAAUGAGUAAAUAGCUGAUCUUAAUAUUUCUUCAAAUGUUCAAGAUUUAUUAGUAUUGAGAAUUUGUACAAGUUCGUUAACCCUAAUAUUUAUAAUAAUUUAUAUUUAUCAUUUAUAUAAAGGUUGCUAAAAGUAGGAUUAAAAAUUAUACACUGAAGAAGGGAACUUGGAUCAGCAAAAUACUUAAAAUAAAAAUUUUAUCUAUCAAAGCAGUGCUAAAAUAUUCAAAGAAAAAUUAAAGGUAGUUUUGAAUAUUAUUUUUAGUAUAUCCAUCAAACUAUUUCUUUAUUUUGUUAUUAAGAAAAAACCAUUCAACUUAGUUAUAGGAUUUUAGAAGUUUUCACUUAGUCAAAUUUAUUGUUAACCUUAGCUAUUAUUGAAUGUUAUUUGUUAGAAAAUUAGAUUCUUUAAAUUUGUUUAUUUGUAAUAGCAAAUCCAAUUGUCAUUAUGAUUUUGAGAAUUCCUUUUAAAAUAAUAGAAUCAAUUUAUCGAUUUGGAAAAAUUGCAGCCCUUAUCAGUUAGUUGCUUCUUAUAUUCUUUUUGAUAAUACCAGUACCUAUUUUAUAUCUUUUUUAUUUACAGAAGUAUUUUAUUAAAUUAUAUUAGUAUAUCAAUGUAAUCAGAACAACACAAAGUUUUUAUUAUAUUUGUAGGGAAUAUAAUAAUUUCAUAAGUUCUAAUAGAACCAUUUACAAUUUAUGCGAGAAUAAUAAUAUAUAGAUUGAUAGCGAGCAGUAUAAAGAAUAUGGAACUUAACCCAUUCUAUCAUUUAUUGCAUUUUUUUGUCAUGCAUAGCAGCUUAGAUAAUAUUAUAGAUGAUUUUGCAAAGAUAUGA